UCACUUGAUUGCUUGCUAAAAUAGUAGUGUGCCACAAAUAAUAGAGUUUUCUGACUAAAAAUACGUGUUCAGACAGUUUUCUGGUCGUUGCUGUUCUUGCUACUGUUGUGUUGGGCAAUGCUUCCUCAAACCAGGUUGCAGCAUGGGCAAUGUGGGAUCCCAGACGUGGUGUGCAUUACCCUUUCGGCACCCAUCAAUGGAAAGUAAUGAGUGUUUUGUGCGGACUGGAAGCAGGAAUGGCCGUCAACUUGACUUUGUCGGUUUGUGGGAAGGGGAUGUUCACCUGCGAGGAUGGCACCUGCAUCAGUCUGCAGAAGCGUUGUGACCUGCGUGUAGAUUGUCCUGACCAGAGUGACGAGCAUCAGUGCAGCUUGGUUGACGUUCCACAGGAUUACCAGAACAACAUCCCGCCACAACCGACAGUCCUCAAUCAAUCACUGGCCAUCCACUUCACCAUCAACAUCAUAUCCUUCCCCUCGGUAGCCACGCAGGACCUCACGUUCGUCACCACCUUCCAGCUGCUGCUGCGGUGGCGUGACCCGCGGCUCAGCUACCUCAAUCUCAAGACAGACCGCACCCUCAAUAUGCUCUCUGAGGAUAACAAAAGGCGCAUCUGGACGCCGAGAGUAUUCUUCAGUAAUGCACACGGCAAUGUGUUCACCAAUUUGAACCAAGGCUCUCGCGUGGAGUGUGUGCAGGAGGGCUCCUCUACUGUGGGCGGCCCGCACCAUACCCGGGAGGUCAACAUAUUCUCGGGAUCUGAGAACAGCCUAGAAAUGGGUCAGCUGUACAGUGUCACCUACAGCUGUGACUUUGAGCUCCUCAUGUUCCCCUUUGAUGCCCAAGUAUGCACAAUGAAAUUCAUGUUGGUCUCUGCCUCAGCUUCCUAUAUGACACUUGUUCCCACACUGGCCAACUACACGGGCAAGACCAGCCUCAUAGAGUAUGCCAUUGGACACCUCACCAUGAACACACUGCCAAACGAAGAGUUCUCCUCCGUUGCUGUGGAGGUGCGCUUCAUGCGCCGCUAUGGAUUCUACCUGCUGACGCUCUACAUCCCCACCACUCUCCUAAUGCUUAUUGCCUAUGCCACACUGUAUUUUAACCCAGAUGAUUUCAACUCCCGCAUUGUGGUGGCACUGACCUCUUUGCUGGUGCUCUCUUCACUCUUUACACAGACUUCCAAUUCCUUGCCCAAGACCUCCUACUUCAAGCUGGUGGAUGUGUGGCUCUUUUUCUCCAUUGUCAUGAUCUUCAAUGUGGUCAUGCUCCAGACUCUGGUGGACUUCUCCCAGCAGGCCGUCCUCAAUAAGGGCAGCAGACUGGCCAGGGCUUUUAAAAAAAUUCACAAGUUUCUAAGGAAGCUGGGAAACAAUAAAGAUGUGGGACAAGGCACACCUGUCCAGGACCUCAGGGCUUCUGGGGUCAUCAUCACUCACACAAAGACUGCAGAGGAAGCAGAACAAGAGGAACCCUGGGCAGCUAACGGAAAUAAUUGGCACAGGGAGGAGCCAAGCAGACUGCCCAUAUAUGGCCGAGCAUUCAGGCGUAAAAACUGGUCAGAAAACAAGGAUGUCAACAUGUCUCUCAUGACGUUCAGCCGCAUCAUCCUGCCUGUCAUCUUCUGCAUCUUCAAUGCCUGCUACUGGGGAGCAGCUAUUGUACAUGUGAAUACCUUAGACAAAGGCACCUGACUUGGCCUUUACAGAGGAUGAGAGAGUGGAGAGACACAGGAAAAAAAUAAUAAUAAUAAUACAAAGUAAAAAAAUCUCAGCUUGACAUCCUGAACCAUUGAACCCAAUGAACAUGUUGCUGCCUUUCUUUAUAUGAGAUUACCAGUUUUCUUAUUUUGAUCAGCACCACUCCAAUAAACCCUUGCUUCUUAUCUCCCUGACCCCAACCAGUACUUUCCUGCAAUUCAUGUAAAGACGCAGUAACUGUAAUGAACACUUGGUAAAUCCAAGCAACCUGUAUGCUUAUAUUACAGUCAUAUGAUGCAA